AGUGCAGCCGGCAGUCCUGCAAUGAGGCUGCUACUGCUGUAGCUAGCCAAACAGCUCACGCUUCUCUGCAGACUGGGAGCAAGGCGCACUGAGGCUCAGAGAAUAUACCCCCAGAUUCUUUGGAUUUUUUUUUUUUUUUUUUUGGGGGGGGGACUGUGUCAUCUUGAGGGAGAGUAAGGAUGACCAACAGUUCUACCUUCUGCCCAGUUUACAGAGACCUGGAGCCAUUCACAUAUUUUUUUUAUUUAGUUUUCCUUGUUGGAAUUAUUGGGAGUUGUUUUGCAGCCUGGGCUUUCAUACAGAAAAACACAAAUCACAGGUGUGUAAGCAUAUACUUAAUUAAUUUGCUUACAGCCGAUUUCCUGCUUACUCUGGCAUUACCAGUAAAAAUCAUUGUCGACUUGGGCGUGGCACCCUGGAAGCUGAGGAUAUUCCACUGCCAAGUAACAGCCUGCCUCAUCUACAUUAAUAUGUACUUAUCAAUUAUCUUCCUAGCAUUUGUUAGCAUUGAUCGCUGUCUUCAGUUGACAUACAGCUGCAAGAUUUAUCGAAUACAAGAACCUGGAUUUGCCAAAAUGAUAUCGACUGUUGUAUGGUUAAUGGUCCUUCUUAUAAUGGUACCAAACAUGGUAAUUCCCAUCAAAGACAUGAAGGAAAAGCCCAACGUGGGUUGCGUGGAAUUCAAAAAGGAGUUUGGAAGAAACUGGCAUUUGCUGACAAAUUUCAUAUGCAUAGCAAUAUUCUUAAAUUUCUCAGCCAUCAUCUUAAUAUCGAACUGCCUUGUCAUUCGACAACUCUACAGAAACAAAGAUAAUGAAAAUUAUCCAAAUGUGAAAAAAGCUCUCAUCAAGAUACUUUUGGUGACUACAGCCUACAUCAUAUGUUUUGUUCCUUAUCACAUUGUCCGAAUCCCAUACACCCUCAGCCAGACAGAGGUCAUAUCUGACUGCUCCACCAGGAUUUCACUUUUCAAAGCCAAAGAGGCCACACUGCUGCUGGCUGUGUCCAACCUGUGUUUUGAUCCGAUCCUGUACUAUCACCUCUCAAAAGCUUUCCGCUUAAAGGUCACGGAGACGUUUGCUUCACGUAAGGAGACCAAGGCUCAGAAAGAAAAAUCAAGUUGUGAAAACAAUGCAUAAAAUAUGGGAUUUUCUCACGCUAUCUUUUCCUGCCUUACUGGACAAUUGAGUGUACAAAACUGCUGGGAAGGAGGGAAAAAAGAGCCUCCAUAAGUAAAAACACAGGCAGCUAGCAAAUGUGGCUUGGUUCACUGAGAAACCCUGUUUCUAAAUGCAAGUCAAGCAGUACUCUUGUGGUUGUUGAUGCUCCUUAACCCAAACGUUUGUACAAAAAACUAAAACGUCUUGUUGCACCAA